AUGCCGUCUACAAAAACUGUGGACACAACCAAACAGAGUAUCGAUAUCAUCGAGCUGUACAUCGAGAAUGCGCGAUCGGCUGCGGUAACCUUGCGCAAAUUAAAGGCAAGCACUGAAAUGGCCAACCAUUCAAGCGAUGUUAUUAAUUCAUUAGUAGCAAAGUUUGGGCUAAAUAAGCAAACGACCAAUCCGUCUGUGAUUCGGGAAUUGACGAAACAGUUUAUCCGCACUCUGGAAGCACUCAAACAAAAGGACGUGGAAAAUACAAACCGACACACCAAAACUAUAUCUAACAAAAUGAACGAGUUAUUCGAAGAUGAAAACAAAUUUUACCCAAACGAACGCCUGGAAACUCUAAGCGCUGACAUAUUGAGAAUUUUGGCCGACGAGCUAACACAGGCCGAUGUGGCCACUGAAGUGGUGCCAAUCGAGUCCUACAGACAGUCGUUGGACACAUACGUGAGGGACAGGUAUCGCAACUAUCGCGAGAUUAACCGUCUGCGAGCCGACAACGACAGGACAGCGAUGGAUGUAGUGUCGCGUAAUCUCACCUAUCUCUAUGAGCACGCGUUGAGCGACUGGAUUCAAUUAACGGACACUGUGGACAGGCGAUUAUAUAUGGACGAGAGUCGACUCCUACGGACGCGAAUUGUGUCGGAGAAUAUGCCAAUAUAUCGACAUCGGCUGGAUCUCAUGGAUUUGAACAAUAUGUUUGAUCAAACCGAACGGGAGAUGUUGGACGUGUUUGACGAAACUGUUAUUCAUCGACAUGUAAUGUUAAACCAUCUGUUAGACCGAGUGAUAGAAUGGUAUAACCGAGAAAUGGAGCAGGAGUAUGACAACCGCUACAGCAUAAAUAAGAUAAAGGAUCAAAACUUUCGAAAUACUCCAACUAUUCCAUCCAUUGGCAUUGAUUUAGGCACUACAAACAGUAGUGUGGCUUAUUAUAGACUCAGUGACACAGGUCAAUCUAGCAGAAUUGUUGUCUGCAUUAACAGCAACAGUAACAACAAUAACGAUGUGACCCCCAGUUGUGUUGAGUAUAAAACCAACGGAGAUGUAGUGGUGGGCGAAGAAGCGAGAAAUAAUUUGUUGGGUAACUUUCGUAACAUUAUUCAUUCGGCUAAACGUAUGAUUGGCCGUUUGUUCAAUGAUUCAGAAGUCACCAGAUAUAGACAGUAUUGGCCUUUCGAUGUCGUCAAUAUUGAUGGCAACGCCGGCGUUGAAGUUGAUGUGAACGGAGAGUUGCGGCAACUGUUGGCCGAAGAGGUGUCGGCGGAUGUGUUGCGCAAAAUUAAAGAAGUAGCCGAGAAAGACAUCGGGUGCCCGGUGAUCGAUGCGGUUAUAACUGUGCCUGCUUACUUCACUGAUGCACAGCGCGAAGCCACCCGAGGGGCAGGUAUUAUGGCCGGUUUGAACGUAUUGUCUAUUAUUGAUGAGCCCACGGCCGCCGCUCUAGCUUAUAAACUUGACCGAUUUGACCGCAUGGGUACCAGAACCGUGCUCAUAUACGACUUUGGCGGGGGUACAUUUGAUGUGGGUAUAUUGCGCUUUUCAAUGGGUAAAGUAACGGUGCUGGCCGUCGGAGGCGAUAACUCACUGGGCGGUGACGAUAUCGAUCAGAAUAUUAUCGAUCACUGUUUGCGUGAGUUUUACGCUCAAACGGGAGUUAUGUUGGACCGGAACAGCGUUGAGGGCGAUCGGGCCUAUCGGGUCCUUAAACACCGCUGCGAACGGGAGAAGUGGCGUCUGUCCGCAACGACUGCUGCCACUAUAGCCGUGGACAACAUCGCCGACGGUCAUUAUCUGAAGGUCGAGUUGACCAGAAUCAAAUUUGAAGAAUUGAACAAGGAGCUCUUUGACCGUAGUAUGGAGUGCGUAACUCAAACGUUGGAAAGUGUAAAUAACGGCAAAGGUAUGUCACCCGACGAGAUCGACGAUAUAGUACUGGUCGGCGGCUCGACGUAUAUCCCGUACGUCCAGAAUAUGAUCAAAGAUUACUUCAAUGGCCGUCAGCCGUCGCAGUCGGUGAACCCGAUGCUGGCCGUGGCUCAGGGCGCGGCACUACAGGCGGCAAUUCUCAAUGGAAACGCAGCUCAUUUGGGACAUUAUAAUAGAUUAUUAGAAGUUACACCAUACACUAUUGGCAUAAAGGAGAAAGGUGACGUUAUGAGGCCUAUAAUACCAGCCCACUCCCCCGUGGAUGGCAUUUCCCGUAUUCGGAUCUACAAAACUGUAUGCGACAAUCAAACCGAGAUCGAGGUGGAGGUGUUUGAAGGCGAGGACCCGAUAGCUACUAAUAACACUUUUUUGGGCCGGUUUGUUGUGAUUGGAAUACCGCCAGAUAAUGCGGGCAAACAAAAUGUACUACUUGAGUUUUGCGUUAACGAUGAUGGUAAUUUGAAAGUUAAGGCCGUAGUUUUAUCUCAAGGUACGGUCACGGAACACGAAGUACGCAAAUACAAAGGCCGUUUGUCUAUGGAUGAAGUAUUAAGGCGCCGAUGGUUUUGA